AUGGCUCACAGGCCUGAGGAUAACGAAGCUGCAUACUGGCUUAAAAUCUUGCACUCAGACACCUUCUGGCUUCUUGGUGUCUUUCUCUAUCUCAACAAUCGCUUCAUCCAGACGCAGAUCAGAGAGGUUGUUAAAGACCGUCCAGGGAGGAGACCAACAACCGAGGCCUUCAAGUACACGUACGAGUACGUAGGUCUUCCUCGACUUCGGCACAACAUCAAAACACGGUUCAUGAUGAUUGUUGUUUCCUGCUUGGUGACUCCACUGCUGGUACUCGAAGGUUGCUGUGUCUAUCUCUUGCAUUGUAAACUGGUUUCGCUGCUCUUCAGCCUAUUGUCGGAUGACCCUUGGAAACCUUACUUCCUGUGGACUACCUACCUGCUUCUGGCAACUGCUCUCUCUACUAUUGGGGCUACCGUAUGGACGUUCCUCGCUGCUCGGUUACUCAAGGCACAGGUGUCUUACAUCCGGGCACUCAUCAAUCUUCCGAUUCCACCAAAUGGAACCAACAGCCCUGAGUCUGCCCUGUCUGGGGCGUUUUCCACUGCUACUCGUCCUCCGCGUACGCCAGAGCCGACCUCUUCUAUCCUUCCGCCCAGCCCUAAGAUGGCCCCAUUGCGUCAACAAUUUUCUUCAACAACUAUUGUCCUCGUUGAAGCCGAUAAACAUUUUCCCGCCGGCUCACCUCCGCCACGGCCUGAUGGCCAGAAUUCUGGUUUUUGGAAAGCUGAUUAUAUCGCGAACCAAUCCGCUCCAACGACAAUUCCUGCCGCUCAAGUGUCUAACCGGGCAUCGUCUGAAUAUCCUGAGUGGUGGGAAUCUCCGUAUGGUUCGUCCACCACGCCCGACAUGUCACCCCCAGUAUCUCCUCGGUUGCCUGUCUUGACAACCUCUUCGACCCCUCCGACUUCUGAUCAGCAAGAUUCUGAAGAUGCUGGCGUCGCAGCCCAUGUUGAAAAUACCCCGAUGGAGAGCUUCUCCAUAGCUGUACCGUCGAGGACUUUUCGAGAACCAGUUUCGACAAAUACCACUCGAUUUCCUGAUCAGAGGACUCGGGGCAGGUCCACAUCGAGUGGUCCUGAUUUUUAUGGCAGUAGAUGGCGUACAUAG